AUGGAAAGCUCAGAUUCCGACGAUGAAGAAGACAGCGUUUCGGUCCGACGCAGAGAUCAGAAAGACAGAAAAGCUCGAGAAGAUGAUUACUACAGAUUCGUAAGUGAUCUGAGUGAAGAAGAUUACAUACUUAUGAGGGACAACAAUUUGCUCGGCCCCCUAGGUGAAAGUACAGAAGAAGAGUUGUUGCAGAGACUGCAAUUAAUGAAAGAAAACCUACGACAAAACUCAGAUGAAAAUCCAGAGAGACAUGCUUCAGAUGAUACAUCCAGUGAUGACUCUGUACUAGACUGCCUUACUACUUCCGGACAAACUGAAAAUGUGACAAGUGAGCAAAAAGAAUAUCCGUCUUGGGGAGAAGACAGCCAAAGUAGUGCUAAUAGUGAUGAGCUCAGAUUUGGCUUAGAAAGAAAUCUUGACUGGGAUGAUGAAAACUCAAAUCCAGAGGAUGAAUGUGUAGCAUCUGCAAAACUUCCCAGGAGAGAAGAUACGGAAGACAGCCAAAGACAACUGGAAAAUCCACAGUCUGAGCCACUAUUUACAACACCAUCUGCAUCAGAACAAGAUACAAUGGAAACAUUAAUGGAAGUCCCACUGACUAGAAGUCAGAGAAGACUAAGAAGUAGGAGCCCAGUCUAUCGCAGAACCAGAGCAAGGACUGACAGUUGGUCACCUCCACAUUCACGGUGGGAAUAUUUUCCAAGUACUAAUGAAGAUAUACCAUCUCAGACUUUUAAAGAACCUCCCAUAUGUGAGAAUGAGACAUUUUCUAGAACUGGGCAUGAAGAAACAUUGAGACAGCAAAUGCCUCGACAUGAGUUGCAAACUAGGGAUCUUACUGAAACUUCUACAACUAGGAAUGCUGCAGAUGAAGAAUGUGAUUCAGAUACAACAUGCAGUAGUGAAUCUUGGGAAGUGAUGGAAACAAAUCUAACCACACCCUUCAAUCUUGAAGUAGAACGAGUUCAUUGUCCAGCAUGUUCUCUGAUAGACAGCAGAAUUAGUAGAACUCAGUUAACAUCUGACUCCCUGAACAUCACUACCACUUCAGAAAGUGAGGAAGAAGUACUUCAGCCUAUGCUUUCAUAUUCUGAUGAGGGCAAUGAGAGUGCUUCUGUCAAUACCAUCAGAAAUCCCGUUCAUAGAAUUUUAAAUAUAACAACUGUUUCAUUUCCGAGUAUAUCAUGGCAGACAAUGAUAGGAUUUAGUUACUCAAGUAAUCUUAUGGACAGUGACAGUAAUUUAGAGCAUAGUGUCUCACCUCCAAGUGAAUACAUAGAAAGGGCAGAAUCACCAAAUGAAAGACAUGGACCCAGUGGUAGUGAUAGUCGACCUGGUUCUGCUUCAAAUGCUAGAUAUAAUCCUGAUUUAAGUUUAAUAGUGAUCUCAGACUCAAGCCCCUAUUCAAUUUCUAGUUCUGCAUCCAGUCCUAUCUUAAUUUCUAGCUCAAAUGAUGAAGAUUCAGAAACUAGCUCUCUGAUCUUGGUAGAGAAUGAAGAAAGAAUCUUAUCAAUAGGCUUAUCAGAGACUGGGCAAGAACAUGGACGAAUGUCCCCAAUAAUACUUGACGAUAGUGACUCUGGGUCCUCCAUUAGCCUGGAUGAGUUUCUCUUAUUAAAUGAAGCAGACCCACACCAAACUACAGGCCUUACAACAACACAGAUUGAAAACUUGCCUUUAAGAUAUUUUGCAGAGAAUGAUUCACAUGAAGUGUGUACCAUUUGCAUCACAGAAUACACCGCAGGCAACAUGCUACGCAUCCUUCCAUGUUCCCAUGAAUACCAUUGUGCCUGCAUCGAUCGAUGGCUGGAAGAACAUUCGAACUGCCCUAUUUGUCGUGGGCCAGUUGUGGAUCCACCUGAGGCAGAUAAUUCUAUGUGA